AUCGCAAGUUGCCUACGUAUUCUCCUCUGAGCUGCCGCGCCUCAUGCAACUGCCUGCAGCGAUCCGAUAGUGUGAAAUUCGAGUUCGCCGUUGAGCAGCAUCCUAAGGAUCAACAUGCCGAAACGACGGGCUUAUCAUAAAGUUCGAGGGGCUUGUUUGACGUGUAAAGAGCGAAAAGUUCGCUGUGGCCUCGAGCGACCAACAUGCAAAAAUUGCAGCAGGCUCUCUCGGCCCUGUGCUUAUGCGACUCCAGCAUCCCGGCAGGAAGGCGCACAGUUGCCGCUCAAAUGUGAUAGCUGUCGAUCCAGGCCAAUCAACGAUGUGCAGCUAAUGCAUCACUACACUGCCUACACUUAUCUGGCGAUGAGCAACAAUCCGGUCCUCAUUUCAUUAUGGAAAGAGGUCGUGCCGAAGCAUGCGUUUCAGCAUCGUUUUUUGCUUCAAGGGCUCCUUGCUGUAACGGCGCAGCACAAACUCCGAGAUAAAAGUGACGAUCCAACCGACCUGAUUGACAUAGCAAAUAUCUAUCAACAAGAAGCUUUAUCAACGUAUAUCAGCCAGCUCAACGAUAUCACCGAGGAGAACUGCCAUGCGUUGUUUGCAUUCUCGCAAGUGAUAGUGGGAAUGUCAUACUCCCGGAUGAGCUCAGGCCUCGGGGAAGUACGCAUAUCUUCGUUUAUCACCAAUAUUGUCGAGAUUUUUGAGCUGCUCAAGGGAGCGCUUGUAGUAGCCAAGGAAGCUAUAACGUGGCUACGUGCCGGUGACCUGGAGCCAAUGUUGGGCCCCAGGCCCGAAGUGCCGCUCGUCCGGCCCUCUGCACCGCAGCACUCUUGUGUUGGAGAGUUGUCAAAACUCUCGGAUUAUAUUUCUGGGCUUAUGGAUAGCAGUGUCGAAUCCAAGGCCCGCGUGGAGAGCCUUUUAUCAACAAUCCAGCUUCUGUAUACUCUGUUUUACGAUGAUUGUGAGCCAGCCGAUCGAAUGAAUAAGAUUGUCGGUCUCCCUAUAUACUUCGACUCCAAGUAUAUCGAUCUCUUAAGAAACUUUGAUCAUGCUGCGCUAGCGAUUCUAUCCUACUAUGGUAUUGCGCUGCAUCAGAUUCGCCACAUAUGGUAUCUUGAUGCCGUAGGGGCCAGAGUUGUGGAGGCCGCAGCAACUUUAGUCGGCCCUGGAUGGUUCCCAUUUUUGAGAUGGCCACAAAUGGAAAUUGGUUCAUAGACCUACGAUGAUGAUGUGUAUAGUUAUCGCCAGUUUUAUGACUACUGAAAGGUCGAAUAUUGUUCUUAUUUAUGCGGUGGAUGAACACGAAUGGCGAGCGGAUUCUCAAAGCUGGUCAAGGCUGGUCUAGUGCUGCAUAACUUCAAAGGACUCAUAUGCUCCUCAGAACUCUAUCUCUAGCACGUUUGAAAACACCUAAGUUUGAGUUCCAACG